AGCUUCCGUUGCCCCUUCAAGUGGACCGACUAGCAGUAAUCAAGGCAUACCCAGCAUCUGUCAAUGAACUCCCUAGCCAGUGGAGCUUCUUCGGUUCGAUAACAUCAUGCACUUGAUGCUGCUAUUCCACCAAACAGGCUCCUUCAUUUAUGCACCGUCGUGUGAUCGCGCCGUCGAAAACCACUGAAUCUCAAGUCCAAACGGCAAUUGAACCAUAAGUGUCUAGAUCCAGCAGUCUCUUUGCUCGCGCUCACAUUUGCCGUUUUCUGCUUCUCGGAAUAAGUCCUGGGGUCUUUUAUCGCUCACCAUCAAGUUAGGUCUCAUCUCUCCGGUUCUUCCUUUAUCAGCACCAGAAAACAUACCGGUCGUAAUUGAGACUGUGGCAAUCCUACAACAAGAUCAAAAACCUCGUGGCAUCUCUGAACAUAUCUUUCUUCGUACCAUCAUCAUCUUCACAUCUAAUUAUACUCCCUGCUCCAAGCGAGGACUCCAGAUUCCCACGUUUUGCCACAAGCGAUCCCCGAAUUCCUCAAUCUCCCACCUUCGGGCGCCCGAUUUUCACUGCCUAGCACGAGACCAUCAGCAAUACGUAUACGCACGCGCUUAGGGGAUCAAGGCAGCAAAGAUUCUAGAACGAUCCGAUAUCGACUCCGCAUAUAUCAUCUGGCUUGUAUCCUUCUUCCCUGCGCAUCCGGCUGCUCUCGACUGUUUCCCUGAACAGUAAUCGAGCCCCGCCUUUUCUAUACCAAUUUGCCCCCCCAAGGAACAAAACGCAUCCAUACACCUCACAUUACAUAGAACUCGACAGGCAAAACUUUCAACCACAAUGACGUCGCUGAUAUUCGGCACCAUUUACAUGGGCCACAAGGGCCUGGUCCACCACAAACGUGAAAAACAAAGACAGAAAAACUACGAGCGCUGGGAAGGCCUGCGGGACGAGUACGAUGAGCAGAGGAAGAUCAACAGAGAAUCAAGAUCAUUAGACAUCCAACGCACCGGGGCAGGUUAUCCCUUGGACGAGGAUCGACCUAUCCUCACUCUGCGAGACCAGCAAGAAGCCGGCGAUGCCCGCACCGGUUGGCGUCCCCAGGAAGCCUUUGACGGCGUCCCCAGUGUCCCUACUGGGACGGACAGCAUCAACAACAACAACAACCGCCGUUCCAGCGUCGAAGUCACGUCCGGCUCCAACCUGAGGCCAUUGACCGGCACCAAGACAGGGACCACGUGGGACGAAGGCCUACCGCAGCCGUUGAGGGUGUCCCGACGAAACUGGGACGACUACCAACCUCCGGUCAGCGGGAAUGUCAGCCGAAGCAGCAGUCUGCGCAACACGACCCCCCACGAGCAGCGAAGCUUGAGCAACACCCCGUCCUUGAACCAACUACAACCACAACAGGGAUCACCUACUACGCCCAGCUCUCCCGCGACAAACGCGAAUAUCUACCAUCCUCACGCCUCUCGAAUCGUAAGCACGCCCGCAGACAUUCCACACUAUCAGAGCAUCGACCCGAUCGAUUACAGCACCCCAGGAGGCCCCAUGGCCGAAUUGAUCGCCCCUCUUCCGAACAAUAAUAAUAAUAGACCGUCACCGACGUCAUACACGAACCAUCAACAGCCACAGACCUUUGCAGGUUACCAAGCCAAUCCAUUCAUGAGUCCGCCUCCCGCGCCUGCCCCUGCUCCAGCCCCGGUCCCGGCUCCCCUCAAGGUCCAACCUACGUCUGCAGAAUUCUGGGACAGACCAUGAGUUGAGAGGAAAAGACACAUAUUCAUGAAUUGAUGAUCCACACAUUGACCCACGACAGACAAUGGCUAGACACAUUUAGCCACAUAUUUAUGAUGGCUGUCUUAACCAUCCUAUGUGUGUAUGAUUUGCGUACUCCUCGGAAGACAGUCUCAUUUUGAGUUUUUUUGGAGAAAGUUUAUCUGUACAGCGACGGUGUUGCAAAGGCGUUGUUUUCAUUGACUCUAGUCACUCAUAAAGGAAGGAUGACUCGUGGUGGUGACGACGAUCUAUUGAACCAAUGAGGGGGCACAACAGUAGAUAUAUAGGCAAGCAAAUUCUAUAGCAGAAACAGUUCGAAAGCGAGUGUUUUAGCCACCGUACAAUCCAAAACGGAAGUAACGCUAUUAAUUGUUUCAUUGGGUUGCUGUUGUCUCGAGACUCGAUGGAUGAACUCCGGAGGCAGAGAGCAGAGAGCAAGAGGACAGCGAGGAUCGACACAAGAAAUUUCAAAAGUCGUACAAUACGUUGAUAUUAGUUGGUAGGUUGAUACUCCGCGUGUAUGAUGACUACAUGCCCAACCCUCGAUGCUCUCUGCCUGGCCCAGAGAACCAGACUUGAUACCGUAGACAUAC